GCACGAAUAGCAGAAGGAAAGAGAGCAGGAGCACCUAGGAAUGUUUCUUUCAGAGGACAGACACAACUCCACAAUGCGUGAAUGCUUUGCUAUGGUCAGUGACUGAUCGGAACUCAUCAAGACGGCAAUGAGAUCGAACACUUUCCAGUUCGUAUGCGCGGUGAUCCGUGUUUGCACUUCGUGCCUGUCAGAAUCCUUUCUUUACUCUCAGAGGGAGUCCAACGCAAUGUCACGAUGCUCAUUCUUGGUCCGCUCGCCAAUCGCUCUUCGUCUCAGGGGGGCAGGCUCAACAUUCACCUAUGAUGAAGAGCGGGAGCGAAAUAUGAAGCUUAAUUUUAAGGAGCAGCUCAUGAACAAAAUUCUUGCUGUGUUGAACAAGACGAAUGAGACGGACACCAACGAGAAACAAGACCCCACGCAGUCGAGGCCAAGAAAAAUGCAGCGACAAGACAAGGACGAAGAGAGCUAUGCAAAGGGUGAUAUGCUGUCAGGCCAGUCUGACCAUGCAGCGGGGAGUGAAGAAGACUUGAAUGAAAUUCUUUUUCAAGCUGCAGAAGACGACAACUUGCUGGGAGUUGAAGAUGCUUUACAGCGAGGAGCAGAUGUCAACUUUGGCGAUCGAAAUUGUGAGGGCAACACAGCCCUUCACUUUCUAGCGUUCAGGAACAACACAGACGGAUGUGUAUUAGUCUGUUCACACGGGGCUGAUGUGAACGCCCAAAACGACUUUGGAGAAACUCCUCUGCACCUUGCUGCCGCAAGGAAUCUUCCGGAGAUGUGUCGCUGUCUUGCUGAUCUCGGUGCGAACCUUGGGAUCCGAGAGCAAGGGAAUCUCACGGCGUUGAAACUCGCCUACGAGAGUGGAAACGAAAAAUCUUAUGAGGCCUUGUAUACGAUCGGUGCGCCAAAAUGAGCGUAGAGCCACCAUGGUCAUCGAAUGUUGGGAGCAAGUCAUGGGUUGCCGCUGCAGUAGCAGUGAGAUUGACGUCGACCAUGAGACGUCGACCAUGUUGAUUCUCUUGACAUUUGAACACAAUUUACAAU